ACAUAUCUCCUCUUCACAACUCAUUUGUGUGGUUAGUUUUGUGAUAAUGCACUGUAGUGAACAAUUGUGUCAGUAAUUGAAAGACAAAAGGGGAAAAUUAAAAUAAACACUUGGACAUUGAAUUUGUUGUGAUACCUUUAUUUACCUGCGACAUCAUAUUAUAUUUUAAAAGGCGUAUGAUUAAAUGCAUCCUGCAAUUUGAUUGAUACAUUAGAAUGGUGUCUAUCAAAGAUAGUCGUUGUGGUUCAAUAUAUAUAUUAUAACAAUGAUCAUGACGAUGGAGUGUAGAUGCAGACAACAACAGCAAGUCAUAUGUUUCAUUUGAUAAUUUCAGACACCUUUUGUUCGUUUGUUUAUUGACUUGACUCUUUACACUCUCUAUGAUGAAAACACUUUUCCUAUGUUGGUUUUGUCAGCUCGUUGUUGUUACAUUGGUAUAUGAACUUAAAUGUCCAGCUCCAGGACAUUGGCGUCUGAGAGCAAGAAAAUUUUAUUGUGGUCAGAGCUAUGUAUGUUUAUUACGUUCACCAGAGAAUUCGUAUCGAGAGACCUGUGAUGGACUCGAUUACAGCAGCUCAGGCAGCAAACUUAUUUUUGAACCAUAUUUCAACAAAGCAGGAUGCAGCUACAACCGAUAUCAGCCUUUCCCAUUCUCAACUGAUGGUAACAAUAAGUGUGUGUAUCAAAAGUCAUUUUGUAAUGAAAAGGGUCAAAUCGUCCACCGUGAAGGAAGUAUGAGAAAUGAUGCAACUUGUGGAUGCGAUUCUUCACAAGGGUACAUAUUUGUCACCACGCCAAAACACAACUGCUAUUGUAUACCAUCACAAGAAGAUUGCUCCUGUCACAAACUUUCAUGUAAUGAUAAAGAUACACUUUGUCCUUUUAUUGGUUCUGCUGUUCGGAAUGUAUCUUGUCCAAAAAUUGUUAUCAGACCGUCAACACAAAAGAAUGAGUCCUCAACAUCAGUAGACAGAUUUACCGACGGUAGAAGUAGUUAUUAUGAAGGCAGAACAUAUAGAUUAACAUAUGUUUACUUCAGCAAAGCAUUAAUAAUUGUUAUGAUCACUGUUUUAGCGGUAAUUGGAUUGUUAGAGUGGAAUGAUGUUUUAUAUGGCGAUCGUUUAACAGAUAACAACACAACAGUACAAUUAUUGGUAGAUCAAGAUGUAUCUGAUAAUUUGUUGAAUGAAACGGAAGGCGAUUCGAUAGAAAUUGAACGAUUACAAAAAGAAAAGAAUAGGAUCUUAAUGGGAGAACUUUUAUCUGGAGACGAAAACGGUUAUAUCAAAUUUCUAACAUUUCUAAAAAGAUAUUCGGAAUAUGAUGACCUCGUUUAUGGAAUAGAAAACACAGUUGUAACAGAUGACGAUAGGAUAGCAUUUCAAAAUUGUCAAAGGAACACUUAACAUAGAGCAGUAAUAUGAACGAUGAUCAAAUCAUGUAUGACCAUGUGUGAACGAAACUUUGAAAAAAUUUUGAGACAAAACUCAAUUUCGGAUAAACAUGUUGUUCCUUCGAUACUUAGGAUUAUUUGUGUAAUUCAUUGCUAUACACAAAACUAGAACACGCCUGCAGAACCGUCGACUGACUUAAAGUAACUUUACCUUAUUUGAAGCCUUGAUUUCGAGCAUUCGUAUUGUCAUCUUAUAAAUUCAUGCUGGUUGUAAGGUGCAGUUUAUCUGCUUAUAUAAUAUUUUUCUAUUUUAACCCGUCUUAAUUUUCUUCUACAAUGAACUAACUAAUUUUUUUUCAUAUUGUUUCUCUUAAUUAACCAAAAUAAAUACUGAUGUUGAGGUGCAAAAAAAACAAAAUUGUUUUACAGCUUACUCUUGUGUACCAUAGACAUAAAACAACUACGGGAAAAGUUCCAGUUUCUCCUGAUAAGUGAGGAUUUUCGGUAUAACUUGACUGGGCGGUGUUUAACCGGUUCCAUUAUUUAAUACCACUCCAUCUAUAGACAGGUGUGUCCAGAUAAACUCACCAAUGAAGUGGUCAGUUAUUUGUCUUUUGAACUCCUGGAUAUUUUUAUAUCUCUGAAAUAAAUGUUAUCUCUUU